AUGUCUACUUUCAACGUUGUCAGAUACUCGCUUCUCGGUGCCGGUGUGGUCUACGGAUUUGUCCACAGACACAACUUGGAGCUGAGCCACGAAGAGCAGCAAAAGUUGGCACAAUGGAAGAAGGAGGAGAAAUUGAUCAAGCAGGCCAAGGCUGAGUACGCCAAGUUGAACCCUCCUCAGGCCAAGGCUGCCAAUGCUUCCACCAGCAUCAACUUCGAGGACCCCAACUUGGAUUUCGGCCUGGUUUUGGAGUCCUGGGUGCAGAAUUUGCAGUAA